AUGGUUGAACUUCGCACCCCUAGCGAAUGGAGAGUAUUCGUUCACCAACGCCUUCUCUGCUACUACUCGCUUUACUACAAAGCAGCCAUCCAGGGACAGUUCCAAGAGGCGACAAGCCGUCGUUUUGACUUGACGCUCAAGACAGAACACGCAGAACAUUUUGUCCGUUGGCUCUACAGCGGAAAGCUGAGCAUUCGGUACUCGGCUCUUGACACAGAAGAGCUCUUCCAUCUGUACAUCUUUGCCGAUGAAAAAGACAUCCUGGCUUUAAGGAGAGAUGUGAUGUCAGAACUGGUGAAGAAAGAGAAGGUUGAUCUACCAUAUGAAUUGGUCGCUCUGGCUACAAACUCACUACUCCCGUCUGCGCCGCUUUACAAAUUCCUCUUGGAUUGGCACGUUCAGCACUGGAUCCCCUCAGAGGCAGCACAAAGCCAGCAUUACUCGGACUAUGAGGUAUUGUCCAAAGAAUUCAUGCACCUUGUUAUGUGCAAACUUGCCAUACGCGCGAGGGCAGCCAGCAAUCCAGUCCAGUCACCUUGCACAUGCUGCAACAGUCCUUGCUCCUACCAUGAGCACGCAGAGUACAAGGAGUGGCUCAGCAGUAAGUUCUCAUAUGCUCGCGCUACCAGGGAUACAUACUGA